CUCCUUCGUAGUCAGAUCACUUCAGUAGCCAGUUAAGAUGUCUGCGGCGGGUGCGGGUGUGGGCGGUGGCGGACCCGGACCCGGUUCGGGCGCUGGUUCCGGGGCUUGUAAUCCGCGCAAGUUUAGCGAGAAGAUAGCUCUGCACACUCAGCGACAAGCAGAAGAGACGGCAGCCUUUCAGGAGGUUAUGAUGGACAUCACCUCGACUCGGAUUCAGGCGCAGAAGGUUCGUCUGUCCCAGAUCCAGGGUCAAUAUUACGGAGGGUCUCUUCCCAACGUCAACCAAAUCGGGAGGAACGCCCCGGACCAGGCCCAGUUCCACAACCCUCUGGAGUCCAGUCGCUCCACCCGGCACCACGGCCUUGUGGAGAGGGUCCACCGGGACAGGAGGUUCACCUCCCCUGUCCGUCCCUACAGGAGACAAACCGACAGCUUGCCCUACAGCUCCACCUACCUGUCUCCGCCCCCUGAUCCCAGCUGGAGGAGGAACUGGCCCAGCAACUUCCCCCUGGACAAACACCAACUGGUCCACCUCCCCAUCACUGCUCUCAACAGGACAAAUUCGGACUCUGCCCUCCACACCAGUGUGAUGAACCCUCUCUCCAGGGACACCCUAUCCAUCCACACACUGAACCCCCAUAACAGGCACAGUGGCUUGGCAGAAGGCGAGGGUCGAAAGAUGUUCCCGUACCCGGUCCCACCCAUCGAGGAGAAUGUUCUGGACGAGGGGAAGGUUCUCAAACCCUGGGACACCAAGAAGUUACCAAUUCUGUCAUCACGACCAAAAUCCUGUGAAGUCCCUGGUAUCAAUAUCUUCCCCUCCCCAGACCAGCCCUCCAGCACACCCCACAUCCCAGCGGCGCUGAACGCGGGGGGGUCCCUGCCAGACCUCACCACCCUGCACUUCCCCUCGCCCCUGCCCACCCCCCUGGACCGGGACGAGCCCCCAUACCCCUCCCUCAGUGGGGGCAGCAGCACCGGCAACCUGGCCAGCACCCUUACCCAGCUGGGCAUCACCUCCAGCAACGCCUUUCACCUGCCAGGUCUGUCGGCGUCUCUGCAGGGAGCGUACUGUAACUCCCUGCUCCAGUCAUCUCUUAGCAACCCCAAUAUCCAAUCGUCCCUCAGCAGCCACUCCUUCCCCAACUCCCUGAGCUCCACCUCCUUGCACUCGUCGCUUAGCAACCCCUCCCUGCAAUCUCCGCUCAGCUCCUGCCCAUCACUGCAGUCAUCGCUCAGCAACCAAUCACUGCAGUCCUCCCUCAGUAACUCCUCCCUCAGUGGCCAGUCCCUCCAAUCGGCCGCCAGCAACCCCAGCUUCAGCAGCGGGGCCGGCGGGUCCGGCUCCUGCUCCUCCGCCUCUUACCCCUCGCUCGCCACUGGCCAGGCGCAGCCGUCACUCACCACGUCACCCAGGCGACGGACCCAGCUCAGCCCCCUGGUCUUGCCCAUUGGUGGAGAGACGCGUCGGCACCACCCUAAGCAGUUCUCCCCCACCAUCUCUCCGACACUCUCCUCUAUAACACAGGGGGUUCCCCUGGACACCAGCAAGCCAGCCUAUCCCUACAGUCAGCCCCAGACGGGUCAUCCGCUAUCCCAUCAGUCCAUGCAGCAGUCUGGCCAACAGCAUCAGCACCAGCACUUGCAGCAUCAACAGCAGCAACAACAUCACCAGCAACAGCAACAGCAACAGAUACUACAGCAACAACAUCACACACAUCAGCAACAGAUACAGCAGCAACAGCAAAUGCAACAGCAGCAACACCAGCAGCAGCUGCAGCAUUCUCAGCGCCCGCGGAUGGAUCUGCAGCUGCAGCUGCAGGGCAUGCAGGACCAGACUGCGCAGACGCAGGAGCAGUGCUCGCUGCAGGAGGAACACCAGCAGAGGGCGCUGGCGCCCACGGGCCAGCUGCAGCCAGAUCUGAGCCUGUACAAUGACCCCUCCAUACUCGGCUCCUUCCUGGAUGACCCCUGCCUUGGCCUGCAGCUCACCCCCAGCCAGAGCCACGCCCUCUCCCAGCAGCUGGAAAAGUUCGACAUGGAGGCUCGAACGCAGGGUCAGUUCUUCAACCAUGGCCAGGGGUCCGAGAGCUUGGCCAGUUUGGGGAAUGCGGGGUCCUAUUCUGGAGACCGGGAGCCUCAGGGGUCCCAACAUUUGGUGGACCCGCAGCUCCUGAACAAGCAGAACCAGAACCAGAACCAGAACCUGAACCAGAGCUAUGGCGGCGAUGGCGGCUGCCCCGGUCUUCCCAACAUCAUCCUGACCGGGGACUCCUCGGCUGGUCUGUCCAAGGAGAUCACCAGUGCCCUGUCGGGGAUGCCGGGGUUCGAGGUGGACCCCUUCGGGCUGGACGACCCUCUGCGGAUGGACCCCCUGGCACUGGAGGGGCUCAGCAUGCUGGCUGAGGGGGACCUGAUGCUCCCCGACCCGGCCGUGGAGGACUCCUUCCGCUCUGACCGCCUCAACUGACUCUUUGGGAGGGGGGCGGGGCCAGUGGGGAGGGGGGCGGGCCAGGAGCCGGAGGGGUGGGCCCUGGAGGAAUCCUUCCGCUCAAAUAACUCUUCUGGAGGAGGUGGGGCCUGGGGACGAAGGGGCAGGAUUGAAGUUCUGACCGCCUUGUUUGCUCGGUCAUGGCUACUCCCAGCAUUUUCUGGAGAUGAAACUUCGGGUCGGAGAAAUGGACAGGCACACCAGUCCACCAGCAGGACCAAAACUCCCUGACUAAACUUUUUUUUUUUUGGAUUCACAACACAAAUCUGAAAAGGUCCUGACCUUCUUAACUAAGUUUACAUAAGUGACUUUGAUGUGUGAUUUGCUUAACGUUGGUAAAGCCUUCUUCUGCCGAUGGUAGGCCACAGAGUGAGAGGCCGUUGCUGGCUGUUUGCGGAAUCCUGCACUGAAAAAAGAUCAGCCAAUCAGAGCUCUCGCUGCGAGCCGUGCGAACAGCUAGGUUGGCAUAUGUAUUGUUCUUUGCCUAAACCGUCAGUUUUCUGAAACUGAAACGCACUGAAGCUGUUUUCUGUCCUCAAAAUAGUUCUUGGGGCGGGGGAAGGUCAGGUUACAUGGUCCAGAGUGGGAGGGGCAACCAAGCUCCCUUCUUGUACCAGGAAGUGCUUUCAGCAGUUCAGAUCUGCACUGUUUGAACGACUCGUCUGUUCAUGUGUUCUGGGAACGAAGCUGCGUUUUUGAAGCUCACUUCCUGGUCUUGUUAAGAGCUGUUGCUCAAUAGCGCCAGUGUGUGGUUGGCUCCAGUAUAGGUGUUUUCAACCACCUGUUUAAAUGGAAAGUCAAUGGUAAUAAUGCAAUCAUUUUUUUCCACAAGAAAAAGUAGUCGCAAUAGGUGUUUUUUCUUUGUAUAAUGUCUCCCCAUAAACCGAACAAUAUAUUUGGACAAUAUUGCUGUAUUUUGGGGACGAAUCAGGAACAGUUGCCUAGUCACUGUAUCUCUCGUGCUUAGUGAACGACUGGACUUCAUGCCCAUGUAAGGACCCCCCCCCCCCCAAUUCCCUACUGGGCAGUCUCUGGCUCCAAUAUCUGGCUUCUAUUAAAACCCCUCCCGAGUGCUUUUUCUGGAUAAACUAGUUGCUGUGGCGCCCAAUUGUGGAACUCUCCCUGCUGUGAGAGGUACACUGUUGGUAACAUUUCCUGUGACAGAUCAUCGUCCCCAGAAACGGGAAUACGCCCCUCCCCUUUGUCGCGGCCCAUGUCGCGCUGAUGGUUUCCAUGGUUUCUGGUUUCCCUGGCGGCAAUUCCAGCUGUCUCCCAAUGGGUGCCUGACAAGAAGUGGUCAUCCUUACUGUCGUGUCGAGACCGCUCCCCCCCCCACCCCACCGAUUCCCUCCCUUUAUGUUGUGCGUCUAAUAACCUUCAAGCUAUGCAAGAAGCCUCCCCCAUCUCAGUACCUUUCUGUUUACUUCAAAUUGUGCAUUUAUGAGAAGCUUUUGUACGUUGCAGAAAGAAGGUAAAUGUUAAAGCUGAAAAAAGUAAUUCCCUUACGGAAAUGGAAUACGCUGACAAUAUAUUGAAAUAAAAUCUAUUUUGAAUCUAUCGUUAACAUUUCAUAACGAUUUGUAUGUAAAAGUAUACAAAUGAUUGCCACUUUCAGAUACUGUAAUAUAUUUAUAUAUAUGUUUAAAUGCACUGCCGUAAUAUCAUUGUAAAUUUUUUAAAGAAUAGCAUAUAUUUACAGUAUAUUGCAAUAUGUUCCAUUUCUGUGAGAGUGGGAGAGCAUUUUAGUUUCUGAUGUGUCAUGCCAGGAAACUUUAAUGAACCACAGAAAUGGGAGGGGCAUGGAUGAGUCAUCGAUUUUGAGCGAUUUCAUUGGAUUUCUGUGUUGUAGAGUCUUGUGAUUGGUUCGUGUGAGUCAUUUCGGUUUCCUGGUUCAGGAGCAGGGGUAAUAAACCUGGGAUAGGAUGUCCGUGCUGUCCCUUUUUUCUAGAAACCAUAGAGGAGCUCUCCACCAAUCACAGAAUAUUUCGUUAACAACAAGUAGAACAAACCCAGCAGUGAUUGGUGGAUUCCCUUUGCUCCCUUUACCCCUGAAGGACUCCCAGAAGUAUAGCCAGAAUGUAUCCACCAAUCGCUGCCAAUGUCAUUGUGUUUCUUCUUACUGACGUACUCCAUGAUUUAUGGAGGGCUCCUCUCUGGUUUCUGUGUGAAAAUGGCAACACCAACUUCCUAUUCCUAGGGGAAAUGUCGUAGCCCCACCCUUGGGCUUAAUGAAGAUUUGCUUUCCCACCUCUGCUAGUAGCGACGAGUGGAUUGUUGUCUGUUAGUGACGCUGACUUAUCACUGCCAUGGUGGCAAUCUCCCUUCCUCAAUCUUUCCUGCCGAUAGCUAUGUACCCUGCGCCCAGUCACCUUAGUGUAGGUUGUGACACAGGGAUGCUCGAGUCUGCCCCAUGGCGGUCCGGUAGUAGUACUGCUGGUUUGCAUUCCUCCCCUCUAAUCAGGGACUGGUUCAGACCUGGGAUGCCGGGUGAGUGGAACCUGGCCAAUCAGUGACCUUAAAUCAAUCAAUCCACCAAUCAGAGAAGCCGGCAGAGUACUCUGUGGCCUUGAGGACAAAAUUUGAGUGUCCCUGACGUAAAAGCAUACUUAUAGUAUAUUUUUAUGCAUCAAAGCAAAAUGUUUUGCUGUAACGAUGAGAAAAAAAGGUUUUUAUUUUUUAACAAAUUUUUGACAAAUAUUAUAUUGUUUCAGGUUGAUUUUGUAAUGUAAUAAAGGAAGAAGAGCCUAAUAGCUUUAGGGCAGCCAAGGUUUUGUGAUCAAAUCCAGCUUCCCUUGGAUGUUUUUUUUUUUGUGUGUGUUUUUUUUAGUCCGCGUCUUUUAAACAGAGCUGAGACUGCGUCAGGCUGCGUCUUCGGCCUUGGACGCGUUGCGGCCACGAGCGCUUCGUGACGUUUGUGUGCCUCCUGGCCCUCUUCAAAUCAACAACACGGCGCGAUAAUGUUCUCCGCUCUGCGCUUCGCAGUUAACGGCGAAAUGAGCAAGCGGUACUAGGCUUUCUGCUUACGCGGCGUUAUGUUCGCCUGCCAUAACGGCGCAACGACAGGAAGUCUGUGAUGUCACUGGGUGACGACCUUCCUGUUAACGUGCGUCUCUCACUCUUGCUAUUGAGAUACAAGGCCAUGCAACUUCAAACUGGCACCUUGUGAAUAAAACAAUUUUGUCGAUCUAGUCUUGUUGUUUGCUAAACAUUACGGCCACUGAUGUGAUUGACAGUUGUUAGUUAUCGCUUCUCGUUUUUUUACACAACUUAUGCUCCCCUGUAUACCUACUGUGUACAUGAAGCGCCCCCUUGUGGAAGACGGACUGAAGUUCUCCUUCAUCAUGUGUUACAGGCCUGUGUGUUCGUGAGCUGGAGGACUGCAAAAUGUUCAUGAGUUCACUCGAAUGAAACUUGUUGAAGUGAGUGCCUGUUAGACAGAGGAGGGUCGCUGAGAUUUCAGGAGCUGUCCAUGAGGUGGAGCUAUUACGCACUUAGGAGUUUCCGCCGGAGAACAGAUAAAAGCCUGGAAGAAGAGUAAGGAUUUUUACUUAGCCGGUCGUCGGUCACGGUGUCAUGUGGGUGCAGAGCUGGACUCUCAGUUUCUGUGGGAAUGUGUCAGAGCCGGUAGAAGGUGCUGGCAAGAUUAGAAAGUGCCGUUUAAUCUUUGUUGGCUAAUCGGGACUAUUUUCUCAUGGCCCGAGGCCACAGGCCUCCAUGUAGAAGCCACAAACCGACGCGGCGUGUUACGCUUUGACCUUUAACCUCUUCACAUUUCCUCAUUCACCAGGAACAAAAAUGACAUAGUCUUUCUGCUUUCCUGCUGUUAAGGUGCAACUUGUAAAUUUGCAAUGAAUCUCAUUUUUACCACAAACGGAAAGCGAGUGUUUAUUUUUUGUCUUAACGAGUCUAGAGUGGAACAAAAACUUAAGUGUUUGCACAUAAAUUUCAGUAGUCUCACUGCAGUAGCAGUUUUUAGUUACUUGUGAAGCUGCUUGAUAGGUUCAUGUCUCUGUGUCACUUAACAACUUUUUUUUUAUUGUGUCCCAAAACAUUUAACAUGCUGUUUUACAGUUGCAGUGUCAGUUCUGUCCUCUCCGGAUAGGGGGCACUGUUAGUGCACCAUAGAUUUUUAUUCAGACUAGAUAUUGUGUAAAAAGGCCAUAUUUUUAUUGAUUUUUGUUAUUACAUUUGUUGCGAUUAUUAUUACUGUUAUUUUCACUAUUUGUGUUUUACAUGUACUUGUUUGUUUGGUCGCUUUCUUGUAGAGGUAACAACCGAAAUGGAAACUUUUUCCUUGUGUAAAAAAUAUCUUUGUGUGUUGUUUUGUGUUUGUCUAUAUUUUAACUGUACAUGGGAAGAAAAGUCUGUUGUAAAUAAGUCACUAAAGCCAUAGAUGCUUUCUUAAACCUAACAAACAAAAAAAACAAAAAAAAAAAAGAUUUUUUUAAAAA